GUUGAGUCUGCAAAAAGAGCUCUUGGAGAGGGAGGAAGAGAAGGAAAAGGAGCCAUUUCCCAGUUUUGUCUAAUACUGUCAACCUUUCUGUGUAAACUUAUGGGGAGAGAAGGCUUUGCAAAAGUAGCAUCCUUCUCUUUGACUUUUUUUGGGCAUUGUGUGGCUGGAUUGGUUUUUCUCUUGCUGGAAAGGUCUUUCUGAGCCUCAAAAUAGGGGCAUGGCUGGAACAGGAGGACUCCUAAGGACAGACAUGGAGAGCUCCUGGAACCAGGAUGGGUUUUAUCUUCUGGAGCAAAGAACUGGCGAUGAGGACAAAAAUCUUUGAGCUGUGCAAGAGUCCAACUGCCCAGUGCUGGCUUUUAUCACAUGCUGGGACAAGGAUCACGUGGAGAGGCGGGGAGUCAGCCCUGCAGAGCCAGGUGGCAUCGUGGUGUUGGUGCUGGGAUCUGGGAGCUUCUGCCCUGAUGGCAUCGGUAACCCAGCAGCAGAUCCAGAAGUUCCAUAAGGAUGGCUUCCUUGUCCUGGAGCAGUUUUUCAGCGCAGAGGAGUGUGACAGCAUGAGGAGCCAGAUCCAGAGGAUCGUGGCGGAGAUGGAAGUGCCGCCGCACUGCCGCACCGCCUUCUCCACCAGGGAGGAGGAGCAGCUCCAGCAGCAGGGUAGCUCGGAUUAUUUCCUAACCAGUGGAGACAAGAUUAGAUUCUUCUUUGAGAAAGGUGUUUUGGAUGAGAAAGGUAACUUUCUAAUUCCAAAGGAGAAGUCUGUCAGCAAGAUUGGCCAUGCUCUACAUGCUCAUGAUCCUGUCUUCAAGCAAAUCACCCACUCCCCCAAGGUGCAGGAACUGGGAAGAAAACUAGGCCUUGAGAGACCAGUAGUUGUGCAGAGCAUGUAUAUCUUCAAGCAACCUGGCAUUGGUGGUGAAGUGACACCACACCAGGAUGCCAGUUUCCUGCACACGGAGCCCCUGGGCAGGAUCCUGGGGUUCUGGAUUGCCCUGGAAGAUGCCACACAGGAGAAUGGCUGCUUGUGGUUCAUCCCUGGCUCUCACACCAAUGGGAUUACCAGGAGGAUGGUCCGUGCAGCUUCAGGUGCCUCAACGUGUGUGGAGUUUGUAGGCUCAGAGCCAGCCUAUGAUGACAAGCAGUUCAUACCCCUGCCCAUAAGGAAAGGUGGACUCAUCCUCAUCCAUGGUGAGGUUGUCCAUAAGAGUGAACUCAACAGCUCGGAGUCUUCUCGCCACGCGUUCACCUUCCACGUGAUGGAAGCCAAGGGCACCACCUGGAGCAAAGAGAACUGGCUCCAGCCAACUCCUGAACUCCCUUUUCCAUCACUCUACACUUGAAGUUAGUGACUGGCUUGUGGAGUCAGUAGUUGAUCAAUAUUCCUUCCUGAUUGUUCAUUCAUGGUCUCUUUAAAAACAACCUUCACUAGAUCUGCUCUCAAUGUUAAUUUAUCCUCCUCAAAACCAGGACCAUUUUCACAGCCUAAAACUGCAUAGACAGAAGCUUCUACUGCAGCAGGAGCCCUGCCAGUAUGAGAGUAGUCACCCAGUCCCUUUGGUAAGGAAACACCUUCAGUCUUGAAAACAAACCAGUUAAGACCAUUGCACCUUGGCUGGGACCACUUACCAAGAAUUUCUCCUUGCAGAUACUCAGUAUUUUCUUGUGUUUAAGAGCUUAAGUGCAUUUCUUGGCUGGUUGACUCCAGCAAUGCAGGUGAACAUGUUUGGGGAGAAGUUUGAUUUUCACCCCUAGUUUUCUGUCUUAUUGUUGGAAUAACAGUGAUUUAAAACAAUCUUGUUGUGGGUGAAAUGAAGCCAGAGGUCUACUUUUUAUAGUCAAUCUUCUAAACAAUCCUGGCAGAGAGUAGCCAGGAUUGUGUUUUAUCUCUGGGUGUGAUUUAAAAUACAACAAUUUUUAAAGAUUCAUGUUGAAAUGAUGGAAACAUCAGUCAAACUCUUUACACUUAAAUAAAAACGAAUUAUUCUUUUCA